UAGGUUUUUUUUCUUGGUUUUUCAGAGAACUAGAGUUAACACCACAAGGAAAACAAAUGGAUGAGGCAAACAACUCUUAUGGGGAAAUAGAAGAGAUUCUAGACGAAGUUGAGCAGAGAUUUAGGCAGAUCAAGAAAUUUGACAUACUUCCUUGUCCUCCCUUUGAUCACCACUUCUUAACGUAUGACAGAAAUUCCAAGAACAUGGCAUCGGGAACUGCCUUUCGCCAAAGGAUUGAAAAAGAAUUGCUUUUAUUGGAGAACAAUCUUCCAAGUUCCAUUCUUGUCAAGUGUUAUGAGAAGAGAAUUGAUCUUAUAAGAGCAGUCAUAGUUGGUCCCCCCGAUACGCCUUACGUCCAUGGCCUCUUCUUCUUCGACAUACUUUUUCCAAGAAAUUACCCAAAUUGUCCUCCAAGGCUUCACUACCAUUCUUAUGACCUUGACUUGAACCAGUAUUUGGACCCCAAGGGCAAGGUUUCUCUUAGCCUCUUGGAAUAUGGGAGCUAUAGGACUAACUGGUACUGCGGUGCACGAAACAAGUGGAAUCCAGAGAAAGCUAACAUAUUGCAAGUGCUCACAGCUAUUCAAACUUCAAUCUUGAGUACCACCCUUGUAAACCCUAAUGCAUGCAAGAAAGACUUUACCUUGACAUGCAAGGGCAUGCUAUAUAUGCUGAGGGCACCCCCAAUGAACUUCCGAGAUUUUGUAGAGGGAUACUUUAGGACAAGGGCUCACUAUAUUCUGUUGAACUACAGGAAGCAAUUGGAUGGCAGUGACUUCAUGCGUAACCUUUACCUUGAACUCUACAGGGCUUUCGAACAGAAUGGAACCUAUUGCAAGCAUCAUCUUUUGGUAGUACUUACAGGAGCAGACCUUCCUGCAGAGGAAAAGACUAACAGCAAAGGCUUUGUUAAAAAUGUUGGAACCAUAUUGAGUGACUUGCUAAGCUGGAAAAACCUGGCCUCAGAAAAAAGAUAGUAUGUCGUAGUUAAUACGGUAUGU